AUGGAUGGUUGUUUUAUAGGUAAAGUUGCUCUCUUUUUCCGUACGUGGAACAAAUCAAGCAAGUCUGUUUGGAUAUCUCUAAUCUGUUCAUCUUAUUCUGCUAUCUAUUGGAUCUGCAGAAAACCAUGGAGAAAACCACCAAACCCACCUCAAUAUGCGACGCUAAAAACGCAAGUGAGAAGGUUGAUAAAGGAGGGCUGUGUUUGGAUGAUCUUGUCACUUUUGACAAUGAAAAAAGCUGCAAGAAUUAGUCUUCUAUCAAAUAGAUGGAGGUAUUUGUGGACUUAUAUUGCUGCUUUGAACUUUGAUGCCUCACAUAUUAUAUAUGGACUGGAACUGGGAGAUAAGAAACCUGAAGUAGAAAGGCAUUUGUAUUUGAGUUGGGUUAAUCAAGUCUUGAAAUCGCACUACGCUCCAACUAUAAAUGAAUUCAACGUUCAAUUUGAUCUUGAUGUAACUUGUAAAUUUGAUAUUGACAAUUGGGUUAAUUUUGUGGUAGAAAAGAGAGUUAAAAGGCUUGAGUUUGACUCCUUAGAAAAUUGGGGAAAGACGAGUUACAAUUUUCCUGACGCGGAUUGUAUUACAAAUCACCUGCAUUCAUUAUUUCUCGGGUUUACUAGCUUCAACUCCCUCACCAAUCUCUUUCUGAAAUACGUGGAUUGCUUGGAGAUAACUUAUUGUUUCAAUGUGGAAAGUAUAGAGAUUUCUGCCAUGAAUCUUGUGUCAUUUAUGUACUUCGGACCAAAAAUAAGCUUGCCAUUUAAGACCAUCAAGGAGCCUAUUGAACGGUAUAUUAGGGGUGAUUACUACAAUUAUCUAAUUUGUAAUUUUUGGGAGAUUUCAAGGCAUCUUUCUCAGCUAGAGAGCCUUACGUUGGAUGUGACCAUCAUCGAGACUCAAUAA